UUAUUGUGCUAGAUUAAGCCGUUUAUCGCUAAUCUCUUGUUAAUAAUUUUAUUUUGGUAAUUACAAUCAUGAAGACGUGUUGUCGCUGUAUGAAUCUAAAACAGGGCUCCAUUGCAAGUGCGAUAUGGUCUAUAAUCAUAGGGACCAUAGCGCUGGGCCUGUAUGGCUACCUGCUUAGUUGGAUAUAUAUAGUCCAUGGUGAUGAAUCUGUUUACGUAAAUGAGUUCUACACGUACUGGUCGAAAAUCAUUCUGAUGUCGUUGUGGAUCCUGUCCUCCAUUCUUCUCAUCAUAGGCGUGGUUAAGGGUAUCCGUGGUAUGUUUAUUCCAUGGAUGAUUAUGGACGGGAUUUUCGUCUUUGUGGAAGGCUUCAGCUUGAUCCAAUCCUUCCUUGCAAUUGCCUGGACGUUAAGCAGAUUACUUCCGGCAGUGUUAUUCUUUCUAUUUUUGGCGUUACUUCUUAUCGAUCUUUACGCCCUGGUGUGUGUCUCGGCAUAUUACAGACAACUCUCCCCCGCGACAGGUGACACUGAAAUGCAGCCUAACAACCCGGAAGAAGACGCCAUAUGAUAUGAUCGUAAAAUGUCAUCACUGAUCGAUGAAGUGCAAUGUGCCCGAUAGUAG